AUGGCUCGGCCGGACCGUCCAGGAGUCCUGGGCCACCUAGGUCCCUUCCCUGUGGAGGCAGGGACGCUGACCUCCCAAGACCGGGAGGAGAUCCGCCAGGAGACUGGGUGCACGGUGGGAGUGCGCGGGCGGAGUCAGUGGGGCUCGAGGUGCCUCACGGUCUGCGGACCGCCUUCAAGGCUGAUGGCGGCGAAGGAGAUGGCGGAGGAGAGGAUCGCCAACUCCGUGGAAGACGCGCGGGCGCCGAAGCCAAAGGGCCCUGCGCAUGGUCCCCCUUUUGGACCACUCUCAAAGGCGGCCAACAAGGGCAAAGGCAAGGGCCCAGCCAAAGGCGCCUUUGAAGGACCGCCGGCGCCUAGAACGCCGCCAGCGCCAAGGCCGCAGCCAAUGGCUGCCCCGGCACCCAUGCCGGGGCAGAGUAACGGGGAACUUGCGAUGCAGCUCCAGAUCGCACUCAGCAGGAUCUCGACGCUGGAGACGAGUGUGCUGCAACUUCAGACGUUGCAGAACUAUGGAGGGCACCAAAGUGCCCUUCAUGAGAGCCGCUUGCGCAAGGUCGAGGCCGACCUGUACUGGCAGGAGCGAAGGCCGCCACGCACACGCAGCCGCUCGCCUCCCGCAGCUGCCAGCAGCAGCGGCCAGCCAGCGCCAGCACGCUCACGCUCCCAGAGUGCUGGCAGUGGCAGCUCCAGCAGCCAGCAGGAGUCACCGGCCUCCAAGGACGAUGCCGGGGCAAGCAAGAUCGCCCAGAAGGAGGCGGCUGAGGCAUCGCCCGGCCCUGACUUUCAGGCCUCCGCAGAGGAGGAGCUGGUGGCGCCUGUUCGGGAGACGGCAAGCCCGACCUCGGAAGCAGAGGGCGAGCAGGAAGAGGUGGCGGUGCUGGACACCUUGGCUGCUUCAGCAGGGACGCUGGCCGACACUGUUUCCUUCUCGGUUUUGGCACGGAGGGAACAUGAUGAAGGCCAGCUGCGAACUGAGCGCCGCCGUAUAACGGAUGAAGUGCUGCAGUUUCUGGACAGCCCUGCUUGCCCCUGCGGUGAGCUGCUGCAGCAUCUCCAGCUCACCCUGGUCGGCGGCAAGAAGGAGGAAAAGUAUGGGUUUCACUGGCACUUCGUGCAGCCCAUGGCCCUCCUCUUCUUGCUGACAGAAAGGGUGCCCAGCUUCGGGGACAUGUUGCAGCGGAUCAUGGAUGAGAAAGGCCGUUUGAGGAUAGGCCUUUAUUCCGACGAGACCAAGCCUGGCAACCCGCUUCGACCGGACCAUGGGAGGGCCCAGGUGUGUUUUUACUUCACCUGUCUGGAUUUGCCCGACUGGGUGAGGUGCCAGACAGGUGCCUGGUUCCACUUCAGCGCCUUUCCGUGCAAGCUGCUCUCCGAUGUCCCUGGAGGCCUUAGCCAUCUUUUCUGUAAGACAAUGGAUGUAUUCUUUGGUGAGCACUUUCGGUGGAACUUCAAGACUGGGUUUCCGUUGAAGUGCAGCAAAGGUACCUUCCUGGCCCAGGGAUCUUUCGAGUGUUUUGUCGGGGACGAGAAGGCCAUCCGGGAAACCUUCAGCUUGCGUGGAGCAACGGGCACAAAGCCCUGCUGCCACUGCAUGAACGUGCUGGGUCACAUGGACAAGCACAGUGUGACGGUACCGGGCCUUGUGCACUAUAGCUGCGACGACCCCGGCAAGUUCGUGUUACACAGCAGCCAGACCUUUCGAACAAUGUGUCAGAAGCUGGAAAUUGCGCCCAAGAAGGAUCAAAAGAAGCUGGGCCAGCUUUUCGGCCUCACCAUGCAUCCAAAUGCCGUGCUGUUUUGUGCGCCGUGGAAGGACAGCGUGGACUGCGUUCAGCAUGUGUAUUGGGACUGGAUGCACAUUCUUUGUGCCAGCAGUGGCAUGGGCCAAUACGAGGUCAACGAGUUUCUCAAAAUUCUCGUUGACCGGGGCGUGUCUUUGGACAUGCUUGAUGAGUAUGCCCAACAAUGGCGGCUUCCGCAAAGGACCAGCAACCUUUGCAAGGGUUUUUUUGCGGAGAGGCUGAACAAGGAGCCGGACAGCUGCUUGAAAUGCUUCGCAGGCGAGCUCCUGACGGCUAUUCUUAUUCUGGAUGCUCUACGGCAGGAUGUCUUGAGGCAUGUUCCCGAGACUGCGGAGCACUGCAGAUGCCUGGCACUGCUGGCCAAGAUUUUCCGUAUUCUUGGCAGCGGAGACAGGGCGGUGCAGCAGUUGCAGGAGCUGCGCAGAUGCAUUGCAGAGCAUGCCCGCCUCUUCCGCCGGCUUUAUGAGAACUGCGUGAAGCCCAAGUUUCACUGGGCUUUCCAUGUCCCCGGCUGCAUGGAAAAGUUUGGGGUGAACAUGUCAUGUUUCGUGACAGAGCGCAAGAACGCGGUCGUGAAGAGUCUGGCCACCAUUGCCAAUGGGAGCCAUCUGCAGCAAAACCUGAACAUGCGGGCCGCCUACAGCGACGUGAGCCAUAUACUGCAGAACCCGCUCUUCUUCAGUGAGGUCGGCUUGCGCGAGCCUGUUCGGGACCUGCCUUGGGCAGUGGCUCUGUUGCACAGCGUGCUCCCUGGAGUUCAGCAGGUGAAGGCCGCGAGAUUUAUGAAAACAGCCAAGGGCACGAUCGCUGCGGGAGAUACAAUCUGGAAGCCCGGCACGGCCGAGGUCAUGGUCGUGGACGAGUGCUUGCAAGCUGCGUCGUUGGAUGGCGCACAAUGGUUGGGCUUUCAUGGUGUUAUUUGCAAUCAAGUGGGACCUGACCUCUUCGAGGCCUCGGAAGAGCGGGGCAUACGUGCCUGGAGCUCUGAGCACGAAGCUGACGAAGGCAGGGCCGUCAUCCUCCGGCUUCCGGGCCGGAACGCAACCAUGGAGAACAUGACAAUUCGGCAUUGCUUCGCUCUUCAGCGCAAUGCAGCGGUGGCUCGGCACCUGCUGCGCAACCAUGAGAUGGCGGCCCCAGCUCCCCAAAGCCUGCGGUCCGGCACCACAACGGUACAAAUGCCAGGAGCAGGUCCGGGAGCGGCUGUGGGUGGCGCAUGA